AUGACAUGAUGUGUAUGUCUUUUUGUGUACCCUGAUGCUGUUUUAUUUUGAACCAGCCUUGUUGUGAUCACAGUCCUUCGCUCUUGAACGGAAUAGAUAAUAAACAAGCAAGAAACGGUAAAGCUGGAGACUGGCAUAUCUCUCUGAGCUCCAAUCCGUUCAGCUAUCCUAUCCUGCAUUUAAAAGCACCGGCAUUACAUCACCAAUGUUCAACUCAUAGCGUCAGAAGCGCCGUUUAACAUUUAACGGGAGACAUCAAAACAGAUAGAGCACCGAAUGGAAGAUGGUGGGAUUUAAAACAAAUAACAGGAAUGGCACUUUGAGAUUAUAAUCUACCCUCGUUUGAGGAGCAAUAUCUUUUCAAAUAAAAAAAUAUAUAUAAUGUCAUGGCAGAGGCAAAUCCAAGGGUAUCCGUUAAAGCGCCCUGUGCAGCAGACACGUCUUAUGAGGAAUAUGAAUGCAAAAUCUGUUACAAUUAUUUCGAUCUGGAUCGCAGGGCUCCCAAGAUAUUGGAGUGCUUGCACACGUUUUGCGAGGAGUGCCUGACCACUUUGCAUUUCAGACAAGACCGACCUUGGCGCAUCGGCUGCCCUGUAUGCCGCCACAAGACACCAGUGCCGGAUUACAGGAUCGUCAACCUGCCCAACAACACCAAAGUGACAGAGGCUUUUCCUUUGUACAUCGAGGCAGACCCUUUACCCCAGGACUGCCAUCCUCCGUACCCUCCUCUCUCUCGCUACUCUGCAGCCCAGCAGCAAGCAGAACCGGAAGCGAGUGAGUCGCAGACUGCAGCCCCAACGCACACCGCAAGAGCCCACUCAGCAUCCACCCGCUACGAGAGCUGCCAGAACUGCAAACGAGCCGCGCUGACGGCGGGCUGUGUCUGCGUCGUGUUCUCCUUUCUCUCCAUGAUCGUGCUACUCUUCACGGGCCUGAUCUUUGUUCAUAAUUACAACCACCCCCCAUCGCCCAUAGGCCCCAUCUGUCUGUCUAUAGCCAGCAUUCUAGCUUUGUUUUCAGUGGUUGUCACGUGGCUCAUCUGCUGGUUGAAGUAUAAACCUGCGCGUACUACUACCAGCAGACAAGAAAACUGAGCGGCGGCUGUCCAGCAGAAGAAAUGCUUCAUUUUUCAUUUUAGCAUAAAAUCUUCAACAUGGCCUUCUACAAUUGACGUGAUUCAGUAAACACCACUACUACUGGGUUUUAUUAUUAUUAUU